AUGUCCAAAGAUCCUGCCCGGCCAAAUGUCGUGCUCGUUCUGGCCGAUAACCUCGGCUGGGGCGAGCUGGGCUGCUACGGUGGCGGCGAGCUUCGAGGCGCAGCCACGCCUCGCAUCGACAAACUGGCCACCGAGGGCCUCUUGCUGCACAACUUCAACGUCGAGAGCGACUGCGUCCCGACCCGUUCCGCUCUUAUGACCGGCCGACAUCCCAUCCGCACGGGCUGCCGCCAGUCAGUCCCCGCCGGGUUCCCGCAAGGCCUUACACCGUGGGAGAGGACUCUUGCUGAAUGCCUCAAGGACAACGACUACGCAACCGCUCACCACGGCAAGUGGCAUCUGGGCGACGUUCCCGGCCGGUACCCAUCUGACAGGGGAUUUGAUGAAUGGUUCGGCAUCCCGAGAACGACGGACGAGACGCAGUUCACCAGCGCUCUGGGCUAUACCCCCGAGGUGGCAGAGCUACCAUACAUAAUGAAGGGCAAAGCGGGCGAGCCCUCGGAGAACGUUUGUAUCUAUGACUUGGAGAAGCGCAGGCUUAUCGAUGAGAUGCUGGUCGAGAAGUCCAAAGACUGGUUGUCUCGGCAGGUCAAGGCCGAGAAGGCAUUCUUCUUGUACCAUCCACUAGUUCACUUGCACUUUCCGACACUUCCACACAAGGAUUUCGCCGGUAGGACGGGUCAGGGCGAUUUCGCAGACUCAAUGGCCGAAAUGGACUACCGUGUUGGCGAAAUCAUUGACCACAUCGAUGAUCUCGGCGCUCGGGAGAACACAGUCUUCAUCUUUGCCUCGGACAACGGCCCGGAAUUCAGAGAACCAUACCGGGGAACUGCUGGCCCAUGGUCAGGAACAUACCAUACAGCCAUGGAGGGUAGCCUUCGGGUCCCGUUCAUCAUCCGUUGGCCAGGCUACGUCCCUUGCGGUGUCACUAGUAACGGCAUCGUUCAUAUUACGGACAUUUUCACCACCGUUCUCUCCAUAACGUGCACCCCGGUCCCAUCAGACCGCCCCAUAGACGGCGUUGACCAGACACAGUUUUUGUUGAAGCCCUCUGAAACUCCAUCACCUCGUCAGGGCUUCUUGUUCUACAUUAAGGAUGAGCUACGUGCCAUGAAGUGGAAGGACUGGAAGCUACAUCUUGUCUGGGAGCCGAAGGUGAAUCAGUCGAGUGGAAAGCUGGAGUCUCCGUAUCUCUUCAACGUCGUCCGAGACCCAAAGGAAGAGACGGAUAUUCUAGCUUACAAUACCUGGGUACUGCAGCCUAUGUUCAAGCUGAGAGCAGAAUUCCAGAAGAGCCUUAAGAGCGAUCCAGCACCACCUGAUCCGCUCAAGGAUAUGUAA